CCGAUUUAUUCUGUUCACAUGAAACCCAAAAGGGGAGAGUGAGGCAGAUAUGCACCGCCUAUAAAAAGUGUAGGCUAGUUUUUUUCUUUCAUCUUUUUCCAAUCAUGAAAAACAUAUUCCUUUUUACCCAGCUUUUUUAAAUAUGGAGACUACAAGUAAUAGUUCCAAGCUGGCAGUGUUUGUCAAAUGGCUAAAUGACAACGGCGCUGAUAUCAGCCAAAUCGAGCUGCGCGAUGCUGGCGCAGAUGGUAACGGUGUUUACACGCUCAAAGAGAUCAAUGCCAACCAGCCCUACGCUUACAUCCCGCACAACCUGGCUAUCACGGGCAAAGUCUGCCAAGCCAUACUGAGUAGUCCUGAGCAAGCUGGUGACUGCGGCCUAACUGGCCGUGCCCUCCUCUCAGCAUUCCUAAUCCAUGAGCGAUAUGUCUCUGCAAACUCAUUCUGGAAACCGUAUAUUGACAUUUUGCCCGCAGAUGUCGAAAUGCAGCUGUUGAGGGGCACUCCCGUGGAGUUUGCCGUAGAGGAAAGGAGGGAGAAGUACGCUGCAGAGCAUCGGUUGGCUGUCAAUGCGGUGGCAGGGAAGGUGCCUGAGAAUAUACUGACAUUUGAAAACUACAUGUGGGCGGCCAGCGUGGUGUCCUCGAGGUCGUUUCCUAAGGCGCUGGUGCAAGGGUAUGAGCAGCACACGUCGAGCAUAGAGGUGCUGCUGCCAUUGCUGGACAUGUUGAACCACCUGCCGAAGCGCAAGGUGUCCUGGGUGUCGACCAAUGAUGGGGUGGAGUUUGUCACUGGGGCAGUGAUGGAAAAGGGCGAUCAGGUGUUCAAUAACUACGGGCCAAAAUCAAACGAGGAGCUGAUGGUCGGCUACGGAUUCUAUGAAAGAGAGCUUCUGGUGGCUGCUGGCAUAGACUCGUGCGACCAUUUUAUCCAGGCCGGCGAGCUGCCGCACGAUCUCCUGCCAAUGCUGCGUGUCAUGGCAAUGAGCGACGUCGACGUCUAUUACGCCCACCGGCGGCUGAAAGCUGGCAUGUGGGAGGUGCGGCCCAGUCUGCAGUAUAUUGGUAUGCACAAUGAGCUUUGCGCCCGGUACUUGUUGGUGUUUUUGCUGCAGAAAAAGCUCCAGGUGUUUGAGGAUGCAAAGGCGCCUGUGGACGACGACAAAGACAACAAGAAGGAGGGCGAGGGUGAGGAGGAGAAGGAUGAGAAAGACUCAGAGAAGCCCAUACUGCGUUCUACCAUUGCGCGACUGAUGACCGAUGAGGAGAGCUUGAUACAUUUUGCCUGCCACUUGCCACAUACGUCGCAGUCGCUUCCGUGGUACGCACACGACUCGGAAUGCACUAGCCCCGAAUCCACCCAGCCAGCAAAACGCCUGCGCUCCAAUCCCCUGACUUCCGACGAGUUGCAGGACAAGUUCCUGAGUCGUGUCCUGAUUACGCCCGAGUCGUUCGCACAGGACAUCGAAUUUGCUGAUGCGCUCUCGCAGGUGGAUAUCGAAGAAGACGUCACCAUUGUUCUGUUUGUACUACGAGCUCUAGCUUUGCCCGAGUCACCGUGGCAUGCGGCAGCAGCGCGACUCAGGACGUUCAGGCACCCGAUGCUCAUGUUUGAAGAGGAUCCACAGGUUAUCGAGUCGUAUGGGGAGAUGAUGAUGGAGAUGGGCAAGAUUUAUGACUCGCUGUUCCCACUGCUGACGGAGCACUUCCCGGAGGUGUUCCCGGUGGAGGCCUUUACGUCGGAAAAGUUUAUCUGGGCUGCUGGCGUCGUCGAGACAUUCAGGUUGGAUGUGCACAUUAGAGGAGAAGACGCGUGCGCGGUCGAGGGUGUCUGUUUGAUUUAGCUUGCGGUCAUUAGCACUAGGAAAAAGUCCUGUUUCCCACUUUACUGCUUUAGGAAAAAAAGCGGUAUUUGGAUGGCAGUGGCGAAAGUAGACAAUACAAUACUUUUCUGCGCAAAUGCCUAAAUGCAUACUUUUUUGUCUAUUUUAGCGCCCAUCUGCAAUUAAGAUAGAAUAAUGGGGAGCAGGCCAGAAAAACAAGCAAAAAAUUCCUCAAAAGAGAAACUCCGCCAAAAUGAAUUUUCCAUAUUCUUAUUUUUAUUUCCUG